AUGGCGUCGUCGUCGCAGGGUCCAGUGAGCACGACAGCGUCAACGUGCACGGCGGAGACGGCGCGCGGCCGGCACACGUUCGUGGUCGCCGGGUACAGCCUGCACAGGGGCCUCGGCGCCGGCAAGUUCAUCCGCUCCGCCACCUUCUACGUCGGCGGGCAGGGCUGGAGCGUCCGCUGCUACCCCGACGGGCACACCGGCAAGGAGAGCAACCAGGACUUCGUCUGCGCCUACCUCGAGCUCAUGGCGGGGACAGGCGCCGCCGAGGUCCGGGCGGUCUACGACCUGAGGCUGGUGGACCAGCUCACCGGCGAGUCCAAGGUCCUCUUCCACCCGGCGGCGCCGAGGGCGUUCAGCGGCGAGAGCCCGGCCUAG